GCAGAUGCCCCUUUCUUGGUUCUCUCCGUUGCAUAUAAAUCCUCAACCCUCUCCAAAACCCAACUUUCAUCUCAAACCAGCUUUCCCUCUCUCUCCUACUCAUAUUCUAAAAAACCAUACAAACAAACAGAAAAAACUCCAAGAAAGAAGUAGGUGAGUAAGGGAGUGAGCUAUUAAAAAAGAUAGCUAGCCAUGGCCGGCGAACAAUUGCAGGUGCUUAAUGCACUCGAUGUGGCAAAGACACAAUGGUAUCAUUUCACUGCAAUCAUUAUUGCCGGCAUGGGUUUCUUUACCGAUGCAUAUGAUCUCUUCUGCGUAUCCUUGGUCACCAAAUUGCUCGGUCGCAUAUACUACCAUGUUGAAGGUGCAGAUAAACCUGGCUCUUUACCUCCCAAUGUAUCAGCUGCUGUCAAUGGCGUAGCUUUCUGUGGAACUCUUACGGGGCAACUCUUCUUUGGCUGGCUUGGUGAUAAAAUGGGCAGGAAGCGAGUCUAUGGCAUGACUCUCAUGCUCAUGUGUCUUUGCUCGGUUGCUUCAGGCCUUUCUUUCGGGAAGGAUGCAAAAGCAGUCAUGUCCACCCUUUGCUUCUUUCGGUUCUGGCUUGGAUUUGGCAUUGGGGGUGACUAUCCUCUCUCUGCCACCAUCAUGUCUGAAUAUGCAAACAAGAAGACUCGCGGUGCCUUCAUCGCUGCUGUGUUUGCUAUGCAAGGGUUCGGAAUUUUAGCAGGUGGCAUAUUUGCCAUUAUAAUAUCGUCUGCAUUUGAGGCCAGGUUUAAAGCUCCAGCAUAUGCAGUUGACCCCAUUGGCUCAACUGUCCCGCAAGCAGAUUAUGUUUGGAGGAUAAUUGUGAUGGUUGGAGCGAUUCCUGCUGCACUCACUUACUACUGGCGGAUGAAGAUGCCAGAAACUGCUCGUUACACAGCUCUUGUCGCGAAGAAUGCAAAACAGGCUGCAGCAGAUAUGUCAAAGAUCUUGAAAGUUGACAUUGAGGCCGGGCAGCAAAAGGUUCAGCAGAUAGCUGAGAAGCCAGCCAAUUCAUUCGGUUUGCUCUCCAAAGAAUUUUUCAGUCGCCAUGGGCUUCACUUGCUUGGAACGACAAGCACUUGGUUCUUGCUGGACAUUGCAUUUUACAGUCAAAAUCUGUUCCAAAAGGACAUCUUUAGCGCUAUUGGAUGGAUUCCUCCUGCAAAGACUAUGAAUGCCAUACAGGAGGUCUAUAAGAUAGCAAGGGCGCAAACUCUUAUAGCUCUAUGCAGUACUGUCCCAGGCUACUGGUUCACAGUGGCAUUCAUCGAUAGGAUGGGAAGAUUUGCUAUUCAGUUGAUGGGAUUCUUCAUGAUGACAGUGUUCAUGUUCGCGCUGGCCUUUCCUUACCACCACUGGACUCACAAAGACAAUCGGAUUGGAUUUGUGGCGAUAUACUCACUGACCUUCUUCUUUGCCAAUUUUGGACCCAAUGCCACAACAUUUGUUGUGCCAGCUGAGAUUUUCCCAGCCAGGUUCCGGUCCACUUGCCAUGGGAUAUCUGCUGCAGCAGGGAAGUUAGGAGCAAUUGUUGGUGCUUUCGGGUUCUUGUAUCUGGCUCAGAACCAGGACAAGGCCAAGGCAGAUGCAGGGUAUCCAGCAGGUAUUGGGGUGAAGAACGCGCUCAUUGUAUUGGGCGUGAUCAACUUCUUGGGCAUGUUGUUUACCUUCUUGGUGCCCGAAUCAAAGGGGAGGUCCCUGGAGGACAUGUCGGGUGAGAAUGAGGAUUCAAAUGGUGCAACAGUGGGGGAGUCAGAUCAGCCGCCUUCUUAUAAUGGCAGGACAGCUCCAGAUAGUUAGGCGUUUCGUGUAGUUUCUAAGCAUAAUGCUGGAAUAGUCUUCUUUCCAUUGAAAGGGAGAGGCUGUAAUGUUCGAUUUUCUUUUUCUCUUACUACUUGUUAUGUAUUUUUGUAGGUUUUGUUUUCUAUCUGUUCUUGCAAAAUCGGAGAAAUUCUAGCAGUCCUUUCCUUUUUAAUCUGCUGUGAUUUAGUUUUUUAAGAGUACAUUGGUACAUAUAAAUGGAGUCAGUUUCAUAAUUUCACUGAAAUGACUUUAUUCGAAAUUAUAGGUCUGUAGAUGUAAUUAUGUAUAAAACAUGAAGUGCAUUUCAAUUUC